AUGUUUCUUGCUGGGCUCGUGCAGCGAAGGCUGCGAGAGAGCGACGGACCCAAUUUGUACCAGGUCAAUGAGCAUUAUGUCAAGCCGUUGACGCUGGCGGCCGGUGGCAUGAGCUACGCACUGAUGAAGCAUCCAGAAGGCUUGCUUUGCCAGGUCUUCAUUUCCCACGCGUGGGCAGAGGGCCUUUUCGAGCUCGGUGACCUCGUCCGCAGGGCCUGGCCUCGGCUGCAGGGUCUCCGAAAUAUGUACUGCUGCCUGCUGGCAAAUCCGCAGAACCUGGACAUUGGGCAGCUCCUCAGCGGUCCACCGAAGCAAAGCCCUUUCGCGAAGGCCACGGUCAGCAUAUACACGAGGCUGUGGUGCGUGUAUGAGGCUUAUCUAGGCACUUGCUGGCACAAGACUUGCCUUAUGCCUACGCAGCCUCGACAGGUUGUUCAACGGUCUGUUAUCGCAUACACGGUCAUCUUUCCGGUUGGACUGGGCUUGCUAUUGGGAUCUCUGUGGUUGGCAUUCCUUUCUUCUCAUUUCGCCCUCUCCCACAGCUUGGCCACUAUGCUCAUGUUCGCGAACGUCACGGGCACAGCAUUGUGUUUCCUCCUGUCGCUAUUGCUGAAGCUGACCGUUUGCCAGUUCGUGAAGAGGUGGCGACUCUGGAUAAAGAUGAUGAUCGUGCGCACUCUGCAUAUACUCUUGCUUCCCCUAUGCACAGCCGUUGCCUGUGCCUGGUACAGCAUGAAGACACGCAGCUUCUCGACUGCUUGGCAACAUUUCCUGCACUAUUUCAUUCCAUUGGCGCUGGUGCUGUUCAACUUGCUGCGCAUCACUCAGCUGAAUCAGCAACGAUUGGAGGGUCUAGAGCUCUCAAGACAGGCCUCACAUUUGCACAUCCAGACACUGGACGAGGCCUCCUGCACCAACCCGAUCGAUGAGCAGCGCAUUCGAGAGGACAUUCAGGGACAUGAGGCCGAAGUGGACAUCACCAUCCGUGUGCUUAUGAAAGCCGGAGCCUACAAUGAUGCCCUUCGAAGUGCCUUCGAAGCGGGGUUUGACAUCUCUGGAGUUGGCAAUACAGACCUCUUGGCAAAGCUGGGUACGGCAACUAUGCUCUGGAUUCUGGCAAUUGUGGAUUCUGCAGGCUUCGCAGACAACUACUUUGCCUGUAACAUUGGCAGCGUAAGCUGGCUCUACUUGUCCAUUGCAACGUCAGUCGUGAUGACGAUCACCGCGCCGGUUUUAAUUUGGCGACUCCACCUCCGCGGGCAUCACCACAGCGCUUUUGCUGUUAAGGUGUGGAUGAAUUCCGCAUCGUUAGCUCUGGGCCUCCCUCUUCUGGUGCAGAUAGAAGAGCACCUGCUUCAUGCAAUGCAUUUCAUGGAGGAGGAGGACGCAGCAGCCCAGGCUUCGCAUCACCAAGAGCAUUGGUGCCCGCGGUGGUAUGGAUG